AUGAGCUCCUCAGUAGACGUAGCCAUUCGUAAGCUGAAUGGUAACGAUGCGAGACGGAAGGCAACACAUCUGUGGGAAAAAGUUCAUGAGAUGAGUGCGGCUUCUCAAUCAAUUGGUAAGCCCAUGCUUCAUGAGGUGCUUAGUUAUUCUGCACGAGCUCUGCUGUACAAACUAGAGCAGACUGGAAUCGCUGAAGAGCGGUGGCUGGGGUUCUUGAGCUUCUUCACGAGCGCGAUGCUUUCUUUGGGAACUCACGAAGCUGAGAAGCUGCUGCAAAUAUGCGAAGAAAUAUUUUAUAUUGUGCUAUGCUAUCCGGAUAAUCCGCUGGACCUUUUCUGCGAGUAUCUUUUGUGUCUCUCGUCGCAGCGGCACCAACGCGAGAGACGGGUCGACGCGGCGUCGAGCGACGCAGCGCGGUGCCCAGAGUUGGAAAACGCAUCUGCCGACGACGUAGCGCUGGUGCCUGAGAUUCCCCUGAGCGAGGUGCGCCGCUGCCUGAGUGUGAUGCCGCAGCGGCUCACGUUCCCUUUGCAGAGCGGCGUGGUGCGCCUGCGGCUGGCCAACCCGCUGCCUAUUCCCGAUGUGUCGGCCAUCCGUGGUGGCUACACCUGUGACACAUGCCACAUCAACACCAUAUACGUGGCGUAUCAAGCAAUGCUCUACGACGACGGGAACGCGGAGAGCGUCCGCAGUGCGGCGCGCCUUGGCGAACGGAGUGAGGCUUUGGGCUUUGACAUGUGUGUGGGAUGCGCCGUGUUCUUCUUCCGCAAUGCGUGUAGUAGGUUGUCGCAAGCCCUCCGGGAUCCGUUUCGAACACUUCGAGUAAGCUCCGCUGCCAAUCUAAAAUUGCUUUCAUUGGUGAGCAAGGGAGAUGUAGUGAUAGUCAACGUCUCCGUUGCGCCGUGGGGCGCGCAGCCCAUUGCGUGGAUUGCAGAGGAGGGCGUACAUCUUCCCCCCGCCGCGUGGCGUUCCGGAGUGAGGGUGACGAGCCACAACCGCUACGUCCCUUCUAAGGCGACUGGCGGAAACCCCGGCGACGAGUGCGCCAUUUGCAUGCAGCCGCUGGACGAUGGAACAGCGGUUCUGGAGAUGUGCUGCAACCACUGGUUCCACGUGGAGUGCAUCCAGGAGGCGCAGAGGAUGAUGGCGGACGAGUGCCCACUCUGUCGCCGACCGGGUGUCUUUGCGAGGUUUGGUGGCUUGGCGCUGGAGCUUAACUCGUAUGAGGUGCGUAUCAGCCGACCCCCUGAAACCACGCGAUUUGUCCUCGUACUGGGUGCCCUGCUCACGCUUGAUGGGAAGUAUGAUAACCCCACCAAUAUUGCUGCGUGCAAGUCUUUUCUUAUUGAGCAUCCUUGCAACUUAUUUACUCAACAACAAGAGGAGUGCAACACGAUUGACGCGUAG